ACCACUCCCUCCCGAGAGCUCACAGCUGCAGCAUCAGAGCCAGAUGUGCCACUGGCAGUAAGGGUCCCAUCCAUGGAGAGGCCCCUCACGGUCUUGCGAGUGAGCCUGCACCACCCCACACAGGGCCCGGCUGCUUUCACCAAUGUCCCACUGCAGCUGCAGCACGACACCAGCCCGCUGCUGGUGGGGCGAGGCCGGGAUGCCCACAUCCAGCUGCGGCUCCCCAACCUCUCCCGCCGACACCUGUCCCUGGAGCCCUACCGGGAGAAGGGCAGCGCUCUGCUGGUCUUCUGCCUCAAGGCCCUGAGCCGCAGGGGCUGUGUAUGGGUCAAUGGGCUGACCCUGAGGUUCCUAGAGCAGGUCCCCCUGAGCACCGUCAACAGGGUCACCUUCGCCGGCAUCCAGAUGGUGGUCCAUGUAGAGGGAGGCACGUCCCUGGAGGCCUUUGUCUGCUGCUUCCAUCUCAGCCCCUCGCCCCUGAUUUACAGGCCCCAAGCUGAGGAGACGGACGAAUGGGAGAGCAUCCCCCAGGAGCAGCCUCCCCCAGGUUCAGGAGAGCGAGCGCUGGGUCACCUGGGCUUUCUCCAUGGCCCUUCCCAGAUUCAGGACGACCCUCCUCAGCCAAGCCCUGGAGGAGGAACAGAAAUACAGUUCCAGAGGGAGCCCCCAGACAGCCUGCUCUGCUAGCACCACCGGCCGCCAAGGGCAAGCGUCAGCUGAAACAGGCCCUGGAAUAUUCGAGCUCCAUCAUGUGAGGUUGACAAGCGAGGCCU